GCCGGACCCUGAGGCCGGGGAUAGAGGGCCUUGUGUUUGGAGCCCGAUGCACUGAUUGGCCGCGGCCGGGGAAAAACCCGGAUGCGCUGGGCAGCAGUGUUGGCAGUCGCGGCUGCAAGAUUUGGGCACUUUUGGGGGUGCCGGUGGCCCGGGCCGAUGGCGCAAGGUUGGGCAGGCUUCUCUGAGGAGGAACUGAGGAGACUAAAGCAGACUAAAGGGUACAAGUGCCCUGGCCUCUGGUCUGACUCCAGUAGACUCAUGAGGAGACAAACCACAAAGUUAUGUGAUAGUAGAUAUUGCAAGAACUUGCUUCAGAGACAAGAGGAACCUCACUCUGCCGGGGAUUGGAUGGAGCUUGGGAAGAUUUCACAAAGGUUGUGUGUUAGCAGAGGCGCAUUUUCCAGGCCAAAAGAAAAGUCAACAAAAGACAUGAAUAGAUAUUUCCUAGAAAAGGAAAUAUGAAGAGAUGCUCAUCACCACCAAGGAGCAGAGAAUUACAAAUCAAGAAUACAGUGAGAUCCAUUUGAACCACAGCGACGUCUCCCCACGAAGAAAAGUCGACAACAACUUCAGCGAGAAAAAGCCCUUGUAGAGCAAAGCCAAAAACUUGGGCUUCAAGAUGGAUCAACCUCAUUACUUCCAGAGCAGCUGCUUUCAGCACCAAAACAGAGAGUUAACGUUCAAAAACCACCUUUUUCUUCCCCUACUCUUCCGAGUCAUUUCACUCUCACCUCCCCUGUUGGUGAUGGACAACCACAGGGCAUUGAAAGUCAGCCAAAGGAACUGGGACUUGAGAAUUCCCAUGAUGGUCACAACAAUGUUGAGAUUCUACCUCCAAAGCCAGAUUGCAAAUUGGAGAAAAAGAAAGUGGAAUUGUUAGCAAGAAAAAUCUCGUUGGGAAGUCCUCCAACAAGAACAACGGCUAAUGGAAGAGAAAAAUAAACGUAAAAAAGCUCUUUUGGCUAAAGCUAUUGCAGAAAGAUCCAAAAGAACUCAGGCAGAGACCAUGAAACUAAAGCGGAUCCAGAAGGAGUUGCAGGCUUUAGAUGACAUGGUAUCAGCUGACAUUGGAAUUCUCAGGAACCGGAUUGAUCAGGCCAGCUUAGACUAUUCAUACGCUCGGAAGCGGUUUGACAGGGCUGAAGCAGAGUACAUUGCAGCAAAGCUAGAUAUACAGCGCAAGACUGAGAUAAAAGAGCAACUCACUGAACACCUUUGUACGAUCAUACAGCAAAAUGAGCUCCGAAAGGCCAAGAAGUUGGAGGAGUUGAUGCAACAACUAGAUGUAGAAGCCGAUGAAGAGAUUUUGGAGCUUGAGGUGGAGGUCGAGAGAUUGCUACACGAACAAGAAGUAGAAUCAAGGAGACCAGUGGUUCGUUUAGAGAGGCCAUUUCAGCCUGCGGAGGAGAGUGUGACAUUAGAAUUUGCUAAAGAGAACAAAAAGUGUCAAGAACAAGCUGUUUCCCCAAAGGUAGAUGAACAGUGUGGAAAUUCCAGUAGCAUCCCCUUUCUUAGUCCAAACUGCCCAAAUCAAGAAGGUAAUGACAUUUCAGCUGCUUUGGCCACAUGAAGUUCUGGUAUUCUUUUGAGCUAAUAUGGUAUUGAGUAAAGUAUACUUUUUGCAGUAGAUCAUGCCCUGACCUCCAAUAAAAACCUCUUUAAAACAAUGCUGAUUUUUGAAUUCAUGAUUAGUUUUAGUAAAUUAAUAUGUUUGGCCAUUCUAAAAUCCAAAAUUAUGAUAACUCUAUUUCUAGGGGUAUGUUUCACCUUGAUUUUGGCCCAGUUCUUUCAGUCUUCCGCUUACCCUUUUUACUGAAAGUAAGUGACUUAAAAGGAUGGAAGAAAAACUACAUGGUUGGAGUGUUUUUAGAUCAGAUAAAUAUAGAAAAGUAAAAUGGAAAAUGAUACUCAAUACCUAGUUAAACUCAUUUCACUUCUCCUGGGAGACGUAUUAAGACUGGAAGUCCUAUUUUAUUUAAUCAGUAUCAGUAAAAAGACAAAAAUUACAGUGUGAACAAGAGAAAAACAGGAAUAGAAGAAAAAAGUUGCGGGUUGAAUUAUCUAUCUGGAUAUUACUAGAGUUGUAAAACACAACUUGGAAACUGGAAUUUAUGUGAAGAACCAGACAACUUAAACCAGCAUCACUUUUGUCUUCAAUUUGCCUUCCAAUGAUUUUAGUUUACAACCUGCGUUUUGUUAUUUGAAACACACACACACAUAUAUAAACACGUAAUUUUACUAUUUUAUUGUCUUUCCUUUAAUUGAUGAAUUGAUUAAAUUUAGACAAUUAAAACAUUUCUAAAGUGAGGCUGAAAAUAAUAUAGAAAAUCUCAUUGCUACUUGUGAUUCUCAAAAAAAUUAUGUAUUUUCUUUCUAAAGUUAUCUAUAAAUAUGUGUUUGAUAUGUUGGACAUGAAUUACCCUGUCAUGAAGCAUUUAAAUUGUUAAAAUGCUGAUUUUCUUAUUAGUUUGUUAAUUGCCUGUUACUAGUACUUGACCAAUACAUUGUGCUAUAUGUAAAUGUGUAAAUAAAUAUUGUAAUUUUCUCACAAAGUCUGUGAAUAUCACAUUAUGAUUUAUUUAUCAGAAAUUCCAAAAAGCAAAAAUAUUACCUUUGAGGACUUUUUUUUUUUUAAAAAAAGAAUUAUUAUCAGAGAACAUAAGCACAAGUAUAAGAUUGUAUCCAUAAAAGUUUCUGAAAAACUUAGGGACAUCCUGUUUUUAAAUGGGUUUGUUUGAGGGUAUUAUCUUCUGGUAAUAUAGAUGAGCUUUAUAUUUUUAUAUUAUGUAAUUUGAGUUGAAAGUAUAACAUUUUACUACUGACUUCUCUAAACAGAAGCAUUUCUAGAUAGUUGUGCUUUUAUUUAUGAAAUACAUAAAAGCCAACAGUUUCAUUGUCUAACACACUUCUUUUUCUAAGGAAUAAACAAGUCUGAUGUA